AUGCCAGAGAGAAAAAACCACACAAAACUAGAGACGGCUCUCAGCUUGCUCCAGGAUGACGAUGCAGAAGAGAUCCGGAAAUUUUCUCAAUCUCUGAGCAGGCUAUCUUCCGAGGAAAAGGAGCAAAAGUGUGAACGUGCCCGGGAUCGACUCUUGAAGGCACAAUCAAACCUUCACUUGGUCUCUGCCGUUUAUCAGAUCCCUUUUGGAACGGUUCCUCAGUCGAGUCAGGCAUGGGAAGACUUCAACAAGGCUGUGAGUUCAAGUGCAGCGGAUAGGUCCCUCAAGUGUGUGCUUGCUGUGAGUAAAAAAUGGGGCGUGGACGUUGCCAAGCACUACGCUUUUUUCUCAAAGGGGAGAAAAUAUUGUGAUCUGCUCCGCACUGCCGCAAAUAAGGUUCCAAAUUGGAAGCUGGCGGCGAGGCUUUUGAAUUAUUGGAUCUUCCAGAGAAUAAAUGGUGGAGGACGAACACCUCCGGUCAAAAACGAUAUCAACCCGAUCGAACAGUCAGACUUGACAAAUCUACAGUCUACCGCGUCGAAUGCGGAUGAUGCUGAUUUCGUCAAGUUUUAUAACUCUGUAUCGGAUGGCUCUACAUCCAAUGGCUUUUGCCUCGACAAAUACGGGCUUCUUGUCCGCGAGCACUUUGCGGCAAAAACCCCAAACCUGAUAGCUCCACAGACGGGACCAACUUCGCCAUUGGCCGCCCUGUCAAACAGCCACACCAGCACGAGCAAUUGCAUGGCAACCGGUCAAUCCGCAGUUCCAUCCUCUCCUUCCGGGGAACUCCCCUCGCACGACUCGUUUUCAGAUACCAGCUCGCUCAUUACAUCAUUACCACCGUCGCAAUCGUCAUCAUCAUGUUGCCAACAAGACUCGCAAUCUUCCCAGCUGGCAAACACAACCCCGCAAUCCCCAUGGGCAAUUUCACGUCCUCCGACUCAGGAACUAUCUGAGGACUAUGCUGUUCAACGGAAAUUGGCGGUAUCAUCAUUGUCUCCGUCAUUACACGACUCUUCGAAGCUCAUCAUCCCUGGGAACAACGACCCAGUCGAGUACCCUAUCACGACGCCGACGGAUCCGCGGUCGACAUCCCAACUGUCUUCUCAGGCCCGUGACACUGCACGCGACCGCAAUGUGACGCCGACCCCGUCCGGCCAGGGCCCGCCAUCGCCAUCAUCCCAUAUAACGACUACUCUGGAGGCCAUGGACUUCGUGACAGAAUCGCUGUCGUCGCUGCGCCAUACUUUCGCCCCAGGCCUGACAGCUAACGAAACUUCUCCGCAAUUAUCAAGCAGCUUGGUGGAAAUCUCGAAAAAACAAAGCAUAUCUGUUCCUGCAAUUUCUCCGACACCACUAUCGUCAUCCUCAAUCUCACGCAGACUGCUGCCAUCAUCACCUCUUACAAAAUCUCGUAAUUCAGAACCCUCAUUGUCGCCGCCGGGAGAUUUUUCACAUGAAGCCAAAUCAAAUAUGGUCGAACCGCCUGAGGUGGCCUACUCAGAAGACGACACCGCCAUUAAGGAGGAGCUGUCACAGACUGCGACUGUUGCCUUCAGCUCCCCAAUUGAAGUCACGAACAAUCCAACGCGAUCACCUUCGACAGACCCUAACCCGGCAUUGUCGCCGCCCUCUCUAUCGCCGCGUUCCUCGUUUCACCACGAAGCAACCCAAACCCUGACGGCAACCUCGAAUUGCCGCGUCAAUGGCGCUGUCAAUCAUGCCAUGCCUCCCUGUUUUCCAACGAAGCCUGAAAAUUUCAAGUCAUCGUCUGAACUCGUUAGGAAACGGCCUAGAUCCAAUUCACAUGAGUCUUCACCGAAGAAACAAAAAGGGAAUGAUGGGGAUCCUACCACCGCAUUGUUUACACCACUUCGCCCACUAUCAGCGGCAGCUUCGGGAUCCCACAGGCUGGAUAGUCACGCCACAAUUAACUCAACUGAAUCGACUGAAUCGAUUCCAUCUUCACCAACCUUGACGGCAAACCCCUGGUUGAAGGAUGCCAUGCUAUCCUUGGACCGACUUGACCAAAACAAAUGGCUCAACGAUGCCAUAAUCAAUGCUUACAUACAUAUUCUGGCCAGGCGCUAUGAAUUUUGUUUCUUGAACAGCCACUUGCUUCAAUCUAGGUCGUCCGAUCGGAAGGCUGAAUAUGGUGAUCCUUUGGAAUCAGAUCUUGUCCUGAUGCCUAUCCACAUGUGUUCCCACUGGUACCUUUUGGUUAUGUACAAGCUUUCGGGUACUGGGUACACUGUCUGUUUUCUUGACUCUUUGAAGUCACCCUCACGGUCUUAUGAACAUACUUUUACACUUUGGACUCAGUAUCUCAAAGACAUCGGAUACCGAGGAGAGGUGCACCAAAGGAAUGUCAAGAUUCCCCAACAGUCCAACAACGCAGACUGUGGAGUUUUCCAUCUUGCGUUCGCCUACCAGAUUGUCGAGGAUCGCCAGAAGUUCAUUGAUGCUGUUGAGAACGGGGCAGGUGUAGACUGGACAAUCGACGCACUCAAAUGGCGUGAGUUAGUACGGCUUGAGCUCACAUCAGCAAACGACAAUUCCGCCGUUAUCAAUACUGCAGCUGAGAAGAUCAUCAAUGUUGAAAGCGACGACGACACCUGCGUGGAGGUAGUCUCCGUCUGUCACGCACUUACGUCUUCCAUGGACCGAGACCCCGCAACGGGCCAUGACGUAACUGCCCAUGCCAGGCGCGAUGAUUUCGACAUUGCUAAGAUCGCAUGCCCCACAGCGCACAACUCAAUCAUAGCUCGAACUUUGAGUCCAUCCCCACCACACUUGCGACCCUCUCUAUCGUCGUGGCCAGCCGACACAGAGUCGUCCAUAUCGUUAACUCUGCCUCCUUCUCAGCCAACAUACAAAAGUGCUAUAGGCAGGUUUGGUCAGAGCGUUGAGAUGGGGGACGCCGGGACCGAUGCUGACAGGGAUGCCAACGAUGAGAAGAUGCUUGACGGGUCAACUCUCGUUGCCCGUCCCCUGGAGGCUGCCUUCUCCUCUUUCCAUCCAAGUGUUAUAGCUGUGUCUACGUCAUCUCAAUCAUCUAGACCGGAGGUGAUUAGACUGUAA